AUGCAUUUGGUCGAUUCUCAUUGCCAUAUCACUCAGGAAUAUCCUAAAAAUAAUCCAACAGCUUGUACAAAUAAUGAUAUCAUAUCAUGUUUUAUUAUGAUGACCAAUCCAAGUGAUUAUGAUAAAAUAAUCAACUUGCCCUCAAAUACUGAUAAAGACGGGGGAAGAAUUUUUUCCAAAUGCUUUGGUAUACAUCCAUGGUACUCUCAUUAUUUCACACUAACCAAAAACAUUUCAAAAAUAUCUCAUUAUACGAAUAUUUUGACUCCAGUUGCCCCCAAAAAUACCCAAAAUACCCUAAUAAAGCUAUUUUCGGAGAAAUUUAUCCAGAGUUUACCCGAUCCCAUAUAUUUGUGUGACUAUAUAACUAACCAUUUCUACAAGGACAAUAUACAAUGGCACUUAAUUGGGGAGAUUGGUCUAGAUAAAGUUUUCACUUGCAAAAAUCUUGAUAUCCACACACCAGGUUCCAACAUAAAAUUUAAAGUUAAAAUCACCCAUCAACAAAACAUAUUUUUAAAAUUCGUUGAAUUGGCUUGGCAAAAUAGUUUGCCAAUAUCAAUUCAUUCAGUUAAAACACAUGGCCUAUUGUAUAAUUUGCUUGUUGAUUUUAUGAAAGAUAAAAUCAAUAGUACUGACUAUAAUGGCAAUAAAAAAUUAUUGAAAAUAAUUUUACAUUCAUACACAGGAUCAAAAGACCUUUUACAUAUGUGGUUACGCAACAAGGCACACAUUAAAGUAUAUUUUGGAAUAUCCCAAUAUAUCAACAUUAACAAGAAAAAUGAUAUUAUUAAAUACAUCCCCAUAGAUAAUUUACUAAUCGAAACCGAUUUAAGCGUUAGUAAAUUAAGUUAUGAUGAACAAAGGGUUAUGCUAAUAGAUACUUUGAAAUACGUGUCUUCUGGAAAGAUGACCGUUGACGAGUAUAAUGAUAAAAUACUAAUGAAUGUGUAUAGUGAUAUUUUGCUUCCAAAUUGA